GCUACGCGACGUCACUGGUUCAAAGGUGCACGGCAGAAAGCAUGGUGGGACAGGAAGCUAUAGCUACACUAAACACAUGCGGUAAAGUUUCUGUAUAAACAGCGGAUUUUCACUGCUUUUGAGAAACAUGGCCUCCAAAAGCUCUGAGCUUCCAGAGGGCGAGUUAAUCAAGCUGAUUUACCGGCAUCUGAAGGAGAACGGACACAAGAAAGCGGCCAACGUGCUGAGAAAGGACGCCCCUCAGGUGAAAACUAAGAGUGUGAAGGUGUCUCUGAAUGACUUGUUCAAGAAAUGGAUGAGUGAGAACAAUCCACAAGGGACACAUGCUGGUAUAGAGCAAACAAAAAGUUCAGGGUCAAAAUCAAAAAAGGCCACAAGUGUAAAACGCAAUACCGCCACUGGAAGCAAGAAAAAAUUACAGACGACUGCUGGAUCAGGAAAUCAGAAAAAGAAAAGAACAAAGAAAAAGGAGGACAGUUCACCUGCCCAAGGCCAAACGGAUUUGACCCCCAAAAGCCCAACAGCAGAAGAUGAUUCUGACUCUGAUUCCAGUUUGGAUGUGGAGAAGUGGAAGAGACUGGCAUUCGAGUUGUCAGAUGUGGAUAUAGCUAAGCUGGAUGCAUUGACACCUUCCAACAGCACUGGAAAAAAAAGAAAGCCAGCACAGGCCAAGAAAGAAACAAGCAAGGAUGUCAACGCCAAGCCCUCUGCCAAGAAAACUAGAGCAAAAACUUCCAUCAGUCCCUCAAAAACGAAGAAAACUGACAAACCUUCAAAACCACGAAGCAAGAAAACUAGCACCACUGUCACAGCAGACAAAGUUAAAACUCCAUCCAAGAACACUAAAGAUAAAAGCAACCUUUUAGAAAUGGACAUUUCUAACAGUCUGUCAGAACAAGCUGUGAUUCCUAAGGCUGAUGGCCUCUCAGGGAAUGACAGUAUUAAGCAUAAAAAGAAAAAACUCAAAAAGUCAGAAAAACAGUGUGAAUCUAAUAACACUGAAACUGGAACCCACAGUCUUGUGACUGAGAAACCUGAUAAUAAACCAUCAGAACCUAAACUGAACAAGACUACCUCUAAAAAAGGUAAAUCCAAAAUUAACAAGUCUCUGGAGCCUGUAAAUAUGGACACUCCUUCUAAAGGAGUUGAGACCCCUGUUAAGAAAGUAAAAUUGAAGAAAUCUGUUAAAGCUGUAGAAGAUCUGGACACUCCUCCUAAUCAACUUGACACUGGUGUCAAUGGCAAAGAAGUUGAUCAGAUUUCAGAUUCUAGACUGGUUAAGACUCCUUCUAAAAAAGAUAAAUCCAAAAGGAAAAAGUCGCUGGAGGCUGGAAAUGUGGACACUCCUUCUAAAGGAGCUGGUGCUGAAAUGACCAGUAUCAAUUCAGAGUCUAAGAAGUCGAAAAAAACAAAUGGUCUUCCAAACGGUAAGCCAGUUGAGACUCCUGUUAAGAAAAUAAAAUUUAAGAAAUCUGGUGAAGCUGUAGAAGCUGCAGAUCUAGACACUCCUAUACAAGCUGACACUGGGGUUGACAGUAGUAGCACAAUAGUUAACCAGUCAGAAAAAAACAAUGAGUUUUCAGAUUCUACACUGGUUAAGACUCCCUCUAAAAAAGCUAAAUCUAAAAAAUCUGCUAAACCUGUAGAAUCUGGAGAGGUGAACACACCCUCAGCAGAAGCUGAUGCUAUGGUUAACAGCAGGCUCCUAUCAUCUGAUCAGUCAGACCAGGAUAAAGCCUCUGGAGAUAAGACUCCUUCUAAGAAGACUAAAUCUAAGAAAGAUAAAAAACCUGUAGAAUUAAACACCCCGUCUGGAGAAGACGAGGCUGAAGAGGUCAGUAGUCUUUCCAAAUCUGAUCAGUUGCAGUCUCCAUCAAAUAAACCAGUGUCUAAGAAAGCUAAGCUAAGUAUUGUGGAUCCAGGUGCAGAAGAGAAACUCUCUAAGAAAGAAAAAGCUAAGAAAACAGACUCUACCUCAGAGCUCAAUCAGUCUGAAACUCCAUCAAAGAUAAAGGAACUCCAUACAGAUCAUACACACCCAGAAAAAGUUACCCCUGCAGUUACACCUUCUAAAUCCCCCAAACAUCUAACAUCUAAUAACCUGUCAGAAGCUCCCAUCUCAGAGACUCCAGUUAAAAAGUCUAAAACCAAAAAAAGUCCAGAGCUUAAUCAAGCUGUGACUCCUUCUAAUGAGGCUAGUUUGGACACUGAGGAAGCAGACAAGACAAAAAGCUCCUCAAAGAAGAGGAAAAGCAAGAAGUUGAACAAUGAAGUCCAAAGUGAUGAGACUUCUUCAGGUAUAAUCAACCAGAAUACUGCAUCAGAGGAAAUGAGCUGUCCUGAUACCCAACAUCAGCACAAAGAAAAGAAAAGGAAGAGGAAAGAUGAAGAAGGUACUGUCAGUGUUAACAUUCAGGAAGAAAGUCCAGAACCAAAAAAGAGCAAGAAGGACAAGAAAAAGAAGAAAGAACGUCAUGAAAGUCAAGUUGAAGAAGUUGCACCAACUCCAGAGCAACCAGAGCAGACGGCGGACAGCCUGGCAAGCAAUCCAGAGAGAAAAAAGAAGAAGAAAAAGAAAGAUAAAGACAGGGAAAAAUCUCUUCUAUCUUCUCCUACUUCUGAGGAAGAACCUCCAAAAAAGAAAAAGAAGUCAUCAAAGGAAAAGGAAGACCACAUAACUGAUGUGACUCAGGAGGGUCAUAUUUGAAAGCAAGAACUGAUUGGUCCGAAUUUGCACAACUCUUAUAAUCAGCUUUCAGUCAUGGACAUGGAAAUGACUUUAUGCCAUCCUAUAUAUUUUAUUUGUCUGUCUUUGUAUAUAUGUGUAUAUAUACAUGUGUAAGUGAGUAUGUGAGUUUUUAACUUUUGUUGACAGAAAAGCUUCAUAGCUGUUGUUUUUUAAAAACAAUUGUAUUUUUAGUCUGAUUGAUCUGUUUAUAUUUGUAUAAUGAUUUUAAAUAUGAACAACAUGUUGUGAAACUCAUUUUAGAUGCAGAUGCAUAGAUGCUGCUGAAUAUGCAUCUGUACAUGCUUUUUCAUGUUUGUCUUAAACAAAAUCUGGUGUCUGCUAUGUGCUAAAGAAGACCUGUAUUUCUGUUUUUGGUAAAUAUAUUUUUACAUUUUCAUA